ACAGCGCCGGAUCUUCAUCCGUACAAGGAAAGAAAGUAAACGCUGCAAGUUUAAACGCUCCCUUGCAGCCCAAGGAAAACAGACCCACGUCGGGCCAGAAGCGGAAAGGCUCCUUCCCGAAAAGUGAACGUGGGUUGACGGGGCGUGGCCUGGAUCGCCGACCGAGGGACUUUCACUCUCCCUGGGGAACGAGCCGAGUCCGCUGACAAUUCAGCCGGAGUUGCGGCCUCCCACCCGUUGUUCUCGCCUGGCCCGCGAUCUGUGUUUCUGCCUGGCGGGGAAGAAGCGCCCGAGUUAUCCGAGGGACCUUCGAAGUUCUCAAAGAAAGGGGCGCCCUCAGCCCGGCUUCUCCCGGGGCGCUGCCGAGCAUGGGCGGGCAGUGCUGCUGCUUAUCCGAAGAGCAGAAGGCGAACCGGCUCCUGAGGCUGGAGAUCGAGCGGCGGCUGCGUCGAGACAAGCGGCGUUCUAGCAAGGAGCUGAAGCUGCUGCUGUUGGGUACAGGAGAAAGUGGGAAAAGUACAUUUAUCAAGCAGAUGAAGAUAAUUCAUGGAUCAGGCUUUUCAGAAGAAGAGAGGAAAAGCUACACAAAACUGGUUUAUCAUAACAUAUAUUCUGCUAUCCAAGCUAUGGUGAGCGCUAUGGAUGCUUUACAAAUACCAUACUCAUCUGAACAAAGCAAGGAUGACAGCCAGAUGAUUGAAGAGGUACAAACAGACAAAAUAGUAAGCCUGGAAAGAAAACAUGCAGAAGCAAUUAAGAGGCUAUGGGAGGAUCCAGGCAUCCAAAAGUGCUACCACCGACGGAGAGAAUACCAAUUGUCAGACUCAGCUAAAUAUUUCCUUUCAGAUUUAGAACGUAUUGCUGUGCCGUCAUAUGUGCCAAAUGAGCAAGAUGUCCUCAGAGUGAGAAUACCAACAACUGGAAUAAUUGAAUAUCCUUUUGUGCUACAAAAGGUUCCAUUUCGAAUAGUAGAUGUUGGUGGACAAAGAUCAGAAAGAAGGAAAUGGAUUCACUGCUUUGAAAAUGUGACCUCAAUUAUAUUUUUAGUUGCACUGAGUGAAUAUGACCAAGUCCUGGCAGAAUCCCAUAAUGAGAAUCGUUUGGAAGAAAGCAUGGCCUUAUUCAAAACAGUAAUUACCUAUCCUUGGUUUCAGAAGUCUUCAAUCAUCUUGUUCUUAAACAAAAAAGAUAUUUUAGAAGAGAAAAUUAUGCAUUCUCAUUUAAUUAACUAUUUUCCACAAUUCCAAGGACCAAAAAAAGAUGUCAAAGCUGCUGGAGACUUCAUUCUGCAGUUAUAUAAGGAUCAGAAUUCAGACAAAGACAUCUAUGCCCACUUUACGUGUGCCACGGACACCGAGAACAUUAGAUUUGUGUUUGCAGCUGUUAAAGCCACCAUCCUUAAGUCGAAUCUAGAGGAAUUCAACCUGGCAUGAAUAAAAGGGAAUCGGCUACAUACACUGCAAUUUUAUUUAUUACUUACGAAAGAUUCUAUGUAAUAGAUUUUUAAACAAUUGUUUGUGUCCUUGCUGAACAUGGAAGGGAACUUCAAAUAAGUUUAGAAGUGUUUAAGGAAUAGAUUUUGAAUAUUCUGCUUUUAAUUUUUUGGAGGGGAUUUGUGAGCAUUUUGGUCAUAAUCACAGAGAUCCUUUUGCCUUUCAUAAUUUAUAAUAGAUGUGCAUUUAAACCUAGCGAGGCCACAAUAAUGAGUUUGAGACUAAUUGUUCUCUUAUUAUUCAGCAGAAAGAGGGGUACUUAGUUUUGAGCAAUUAUUUAUUAAAUCUGUUUUUAAUGGUGCCUUUCUCCUUGUAGUGAACAAUCAGCCUUAACAGGUGGCAGCAGUUGGUUGCUGUUUUUUUAGGCUCAAAAAAACAAAAACAAAGUAGCCUCAAGCUUAAUUAUUACUUGGGUGUGAAUUAUAUAAUCCUCUCAAGAUA